AUGGUAUGUAGAUCUGUUAUGGUGUACGUUUUGACAUGUAAUUAACAUGUUAUGGUAUAUGAUCAAUUAAAUUAACAUGUUAUGGUAUGUAGAUCUGUGAUGGUAAAGUAUCUGAUGCUAAACUUAUCUGUUAUGUUUUAGAUGGCAGCGGAACAAUAACUAUAAUCUCACAAACAACAACUAUUUAUGCCGUUCGUGUUAUGAUGCCUACAACUGGUGUAUGGAGCUUCAACAUAACUGCAUCGGGAUCAUUUACGUUUCAAGUUAAAGCACAAAGCACUUUGGCUUUUACAACAUCUCUUGAAAAGGAAGAAUAUUCUAGUACCUUUGAGAAGAUCCUUGUUCCAGUAUCUGGCAACCCAAUUAAAGGUAGGAAGUAA